GAGCGGCAGGGUCGGGCGGAGGGACGGGAGGGGCAGUCGAGGCACCAAGGCUCCUUGGGGAAGUGAGGGGAAUAGGAGGGGCCCCGGGGCCAGGAGGCGGGGGGCGGUGUGUAGCGGGAUGGGGGCGAGAACGCCCGGGUGCUGGGGUUCCCAGAAACAAGGGGAGUAGAGCAAAAGAACGGGCGGGGCCAUGCUGUGUGUAACAGGAAGAGGGAUGGGGCUCCUGGAAGAGGUGAAGAAGAGAAGGAGAGAUGCCAGAUGUGCACAGAAAGGAGGGGAAAGUGGGCUUGGGAGAGGUCCUGUGGGAAGCGGAGUCCCGGGGCCUGGUGUGCAUAACGGGGUUUGGGAGAAGGCCCCUGAUGGGUACAGAAAGAAGUAACGAUGUCACCGCCAUAUAUAGGGGCGGGGGAGAAAAGGGGGCCCUUGGGGAGAAUGUAGCAGGUAGCCAGGUUGGAAGGGCGGGGUAUACAGAAGGAAGGCAUUUGAGUCAUUUUGGGGUGUAUAGAUGUAGUGAGACGAUGGGUUCCGCAGUGAGUAGAGGUGGCUAGACUUUGAGGUGCUAAGUGUAGGAACAGGAUGGAAAAGCCCUAGUGAAAUGUGGGGAAUUGGGUUAGUGGGGCUCUGGGGAGGUACCUAGAGAGGAAGUGAGGGAGGCCACGGAAUAUGAAGAUGGGGAGGCCCUGUGGCAUGUAGUGGGGAUGGAGCCCCAGGAGGGCCUGGAGGCCGAUGCGGGGGCUGGUUGGGCGGGGGGUGCGGCAGAGGGAGGGGAAGCAACCUGAACUGGGGCUGGGCAACAGGGAAAGAAGAAACCAGAUUAGAGAAAUCUAGGCGAUCAGCAGGACCGGGGUGUGAGAUGUAAAGAGAUAAACAGAUUGAGGGAUUGAUUGCUGGGGUGGGUUGAGAGAAGAAAAGGGAAGAAAAGUCGGGGGAUUACGCCCUCAGACCUGACCUGGGUGCUGAGAGGUGGAUCCAGGAGUGGCAAGUGGUGGCGGGGUUUUGCAGAGCUCAAUUGGAUGUCCUCUCCGAGGCAGCUUGAUGGAACGUGGGAGAGCUGGGCUGGAGUGAGUUGUUAUUUUGCUGGGGAGGUGGUCAGUGGCGCACAAAGGGUAACAAGCAGCGAUAGUGGGGACGCUUUCCAUUUUAGGAAGCUUUUCCUAAAAGGAAGUGGCAAUUUUAACUAAUCUCCCCUCCGCCGCUCCCAGCUGCCGCUCCAGAUGCUGCUGCUGCCGCCGCGGCCACCCCACCCUCGGUCCUCCUCUCCGGAGGCCAUGGACCCACCGCCCCCCAAGGCUCCCCCUUUCCCCAAGGCGGAAGGCCCCUCCUCCACUCCUUCCUCGGCGGCGGGGCCCCGACCCCCGCGGCUGGGCCGCCACCUCCUCAUCGACGCCAAUGGGGUCCCCUACACAUACACGGUGCAGCUGGAGGAGGAGCCCCGGGGCCCGCCCCAGCGCGAGGCGCCCCCAGGAGAGCCCGGCCCUCGCAAGGGCUACAGCUGCCCGGAGUGCGCCCGUGUCUUUGCCAGCCCUCUGCGGCUGCAGAGCCACCGCGUGUCGCACUCGGACCUCAAGCCCUUCACGUGCGGCGCCUGCGGCAAGGCCUUCAAGCGCUCCAGCCACCUGUCGCGGCAUCGCGCCACGCACCGCGCCCGCGCCGGGCCGCCGCACACCUGCCCGCUCUGCCCACGCCGCUUCCAAGACCCCGCGGAGCUGGCGCAGCACGUGCGCCUCCACUAAGCUCGAGACCCGGCUUGAGCUGCCCUGCCCCUCUCAGGGCCACGAAGUCUGACCCACACAGCGUCACUCACUCCCACACACACUCCCUGGCUCCGCUGAGGUUACUGCCUUACCCUGGGCCUCAGUUUCCCCACCUUCCAAAGGGAGGAGCAUCAUUCCUUCCUUACCCCCUUUAUAGCUGUGUGAUGUAGACCAAAGUCGUUGCCCCUGCCUGGGCCCGGGAACCAGUCGGAACUGGGUUCCGGUCCAGCUGUGCUGUGUGAGCCUUUGCAAGUGACAUGACCUCUCUAAACCUUGGUUUUCUGCUCUCUGGAGCGGUGAACCGGUGGUUGUCUGCGGGGAAGAGAUGAUAAAGAGCACGGGCACGGUCUGGUUCAUUUCUGUAUCUACCCCCAUUCCGCCCACGUCCCCUACCCUUUGCUCAAUAAACAUUCCGCACUUCA